AUGGCGAGCAACAGUGACAAUGCAACUCAGGAGGCAAUACGACAGUAUCUAUGUUGUAGACAACAAUUAAUCAGGCUUGCUGCUGCAGAAGUGAUUCAUCGGAGCAUCUCAACUGUCUCACCUGGCAUACGAUCCAUGUAUUCUGAUCCAUUUCGUGGAUUUCAAUUUACCACUCAGUUGUUGGAUCCUACCUCCCACCCACUGCGUAUUAAGAAUAUGACACGGAUGAGUGCCAGUACGUUCAUUGCACUGGUUGAUUGGCUGAGAAGUAAUACCGAUAUUCGCGAAUCCGAACCAAUACAUGCCAUAAAGAUUGAGCAGAAGGUUCUCAUAUUCUUGUAUAUUACGACACAGGGAGUCUUUCAUGAGGUUUUGGAAUCGCUCUGCGUACUCUAUGAGCAUUAUGUCAAGAUGCCCGAAUCCCCAAUCAAGAAAGCUCUUGGUUCAAAUCCACGAUAUUGGCCUUUCUUCAAAGAAUCAGAUGCUGGCUAUUCGCAGAAAUCCAGCUUGAUGUUGGUUCCAUAUUCAGGAGUUCGAUAUCAUCUAAAGGAAUGGGAAAAAGCGAAUUCUCAACCUGUCAAUGCUUCAGAGCUAUAUAAUCUUCGCCAUGCGAGCUUGCAAGGUGUAAUUGAGCGUGUGUUUGGGGUGUUUAAACGGCGAUUUCAAAUCUAUGAUCGAUGUCGAGAUGGAUUCUCUAUAACAACUCAAAUUGACCUGGUUUUUGCGUUAGCAGCGGUUCAUAACUUCAUGAAUCACUAUAAGGAAAUGGAUGAGCUUACUCAAUAUGAUGAGAAUUCUGAUAUUGAGGAGGAAAGAAGAGAAACGGUUCCUGCAGAUGUUCAAGAGAAUGGUGAUGAAAUAAUGAAAAAACGGGAUGAUAUUGCUAAGCAGAUGUGGAAGCAGUAUAAGGAAUAUCUGAAUGGGAAUCAUAAUUACAAUUAA